GCUGCAGCUGAGGGGGUAAGCGGUCUGGACGGGCCGGGCCGGGCGGUCCUCGGAGGGGGCGGAUGGGUCGCGCCUCGGCGUGUGGGAGCAGGGACCGAGGUCCCCGGGGGAGUGGUGCCCGGGAGCCCCGGCUUGGAGAGGCCUGGCCCACCGCCUGGUGCGCGUGGCCAGUAGGGACGGGGAGAGAGGGUACCGCGGUUAAAAGAAGGCCCUCGCGGGGACCCGGCGCUCUGCGGGCAGCGGGCAAGACGCGCGGAAGACCGCCCAACCACUUCCUCCUGACGAGGCCCCCAAAAAUCUCAAGGCUCUCUUUCUCCCUUGGAGCCUUUAGGUCGAUGUUGCUGGCCGGCCGGGGCCCGGGGUCAGGUGUCCUUAGGGUCAGACUUUCAGGCGGGUGUGAGGCGGUCGGCUCAGUCUUGCUCUCGGCUUCAAUUUCCCCAUCUGGAAACUGGGGGUGGUCCUGACCUCGGGCGGCCCCCCGCGGCAUGGGUGGGGUCCCGGACGGUCAUCCUCGUGCUGAUCCGGUGUCACGAGCUGGAGAACAUGAGAGACAAGGACUGGGACACAUGUAGGUGUUGCCGGGUGGUUCCAGCUGCCACUAGCUUCAUUAUUUAAGUGAUGGCACUCCCCGGGAAAGUUAGAAAUCCUGGCAUUUAUUUUGAAAGCAUAAUAUUUUCUCUUGUUCACUCCCACACAGCGCCUUUACCUUCACAAGUGGGGUUCAGCAGGGCAUGUCAAAGGGGUCCCAUCUUUAAUGGUUUCCGUUCUGGAUGGGGAAGAGGGGCAGGUUGGGACAGGAACUCCUAGAACUGUGAGCGGGAGCAAGAAAAUGGCCCUGGCCUGACCUCCUUUGACCACAUUAGGAAUUCAGAGAAGCAUUUGUUUUUCAGGCAGCCCUGGUGACUUGGCAUGGAGAGCUGAACAAUCUGAUCUCUGUCCUGUCUUGGGUAAAAGUGCGAGAUAUAUCUCUGCCUUAGCUGGAAUGUGGUUGUUCAUUUUGACCGCAAAGAAUGUUAGUGGGAAGAUCCCACAGUGAGCUUGGGGUUUCUGGUAUUUCAUAACCAGGAACCCAAAUGAAAAGCACCCAGUGUAGCAUAUGGUCCUAGAUAGCUUCCCAGUUUACAUGAUUGGUGACAGAUAGAUGGAAAUUUGACUUAUUUAUGCUCAUGAAAUGCCACUCCAGCAUUUGUGGACUGACUUGUGUUUCAGAUCAAAGCCUCAGGGGCAGCAGUCUUAGGUGGCUGGGAGGUGUGUAAAUAUUUUAUGCGCUGAGAACUACGUAGCUGGAGCUGGCCGUUCUGAAAUCAUAGAAAUCAUACAGCACAGCUGGGGCAUCUUUCUAUUUGCUAGGCAGCCGCCAGGCCUCAUGUCACGGUAUAGAGUCACUGCUGUGUUUAGCAAUCACUUUGGAAUCCUCUACCAAGAAAAAACUACUCUUCGACUGCAGUGUGUCAGUACACAGGCAUUUAGAACUACCUGGAUGUGACAGGACCUCGUCACUCCUGCUGCAUUUCUGAGAUAUUUGGUGUGACUUGUGAUGCUUCCAGCCAGUCUUGCCACUUGAUGGAAUUUGAAAUGUCAGUUAAGGGAAGGAGAGGGAACCGAUUUUGAGAGUCCCCAAACCAGAAUCCUUUUGUUUCCUGCUCAUUCCCAUCUUUAGACGGCUGGUCAAAUGAGUUCCUUUCCCCUGUGCGUGUUUGCGUGGCAGAGCAGGAUGUGUUGGGUCUCACACAUGAGAAGCUGGGUGUUGGAAAAUGCACUCUGGAGGGGGGCUGAGUUCCAUGGAAGUUUCUUAAUCAAGCCUGUGUGGAGGUUUCACAUGUUGCCUUUGACCAUUUCUGGGCUCAGAUUAUCAGCUUUUUAAAUCGGACUUUCUUUGCCUUGGGUUUUGAUUGUUGUGUUGUGGCUUUGUGACAGUAACAGACAGGAUGUGACACUUUUGCUGCAGUCUUUGGAGUGAUUUUUUUUUUUUAAUUUUUUUUUUUAACAUUUAUUUCUUUUUGAGACAGAGAGAGACAGAGCAUGAACGGGGGAGGGUCAGAGAGAGAGAGGGAGACACAGAAUCUGAAACAGGCUCCAGGCUCUGAGCAGUCAGCACAGAGCCCCACGCGGGGCUCGAACUCAUAUACCGCGAGAUCAUGACCUGAGCUGAAGUCGGACGCUCAACCGACUGAGCCACCCAGGCGCCCCUGGAGUGAUUAUUUUGUCUGUGGUGGCAGGUAGUAAGUGGGAAGUUCAGUGCGUGCUUUAGAAAAAUCUUAAGUGCUGAUAAAUCAGUGUUACCGGGAGCUGCCUACUUUUAAUUUUCAUCAGAUUGUCUUCAACUCAGGCCCUUCCUUCAGUUAAUUAUCUUUUUUGGCCCACAAUUUUGUGCACACGUUCCUUCUGAGAAAGGAAUUGGGAGAUCACCCUGAGCCUCUCACUGCUUGUGUGUGCACUGUAAUCACUUCCUGGAGGCCUCGUGAUGGCUGCGAGGGUGGAGUAGAACUUUAUAGCCUCUUCGACAAGUGCCGUCCUGGCCCACUGCUCAGUCAGACCCAUCUACAGGCAGGACGGACAGGUUGUGUUUCCUUCCAGGAACCUGUAAGGUCCACGAUUUGGUUGAAAGAUGUCGGCCCUCACUACCCUGUUUAAGUAUGUUGAUGAAAAUCAGGAUCGCUACAUUAAGAAACUCGCGGAAUGGGUGGCCAUCCAGAGUGUAUCUGCGUGGCCCGAGAAGAGAGGUGAAAUCAGGCGGAUGCUGGAGGUCGCUGCAGCGGACAUCAAGCAGCUGGGGGGCUCUGUGGAACUGGCAGAUAUUGGGAAACAGAAGCUCCCUGAUGGGUCCGAGAUCCCACUUCCUCCCAUUCUACUCGGCAAGCUGGGCUCCGACCCCCGGAAGAAAACCGUGUGUAUUUACGGACAUCUGGACGUGCAGCCGGCAGCCCUCGAGGACGGCUGGGAUAGCGAACCCUUCACCCUGGUGGAACGCGACGGCAAAUUGUAUGGGAGAGGCGCAACCGAUGAUAAAGGGCCGGUGGCCGGCUGGCUGAAUGCCCUGGAAGCCUUCCAGAAAACGAAUCAGGAGAUCCCGGUUAACGUCCGAUUCUGUCUGGAGGGCAUGGAGGAGUCGGGCUCGGAAGGCCUGGAUGAGCUGAUAUUUUCGCGGAAGGACACGUUCUUUAAAGACGUGGACUACGUGUGCAUUUCUGACAACUACUGGCUGGGAAAGAAGAAGCCGUGCAUCACAUACGGUCUCAGGGGCAUUUGCUACUUUUUCAUUGAGGUGGAGUGCAGCGACAGAGACCUGCAUUCUGGCGUGUACGGAGGCUCGGUGCACGAGGCCAUGACAGAUCUCAUCUUGCUGAUGGGCUCUCUGAUGGACAAGAAGGGAAAGAUCCUCAUCCCAGGCAUCAGUGAGGCGGUGGCCCCCGUGACCGAGGAGGAGCUGGCACUCUACGACAAGAUCGACUUUGACCUGGACGAGUACACCAGGGACGUGGGGGCAGAGACUCUGCUGCACGGGUGCAAGAAAGACAUCCUGAUGCACAGAUGGCGGUACCCGUCCCUCUCCCUCCACGGGAUUGAAGGUGCCUUUUCUGGGUCGGGGGCCAAGACCGUGAUCCCUAGGAAAGUGGUGGGCAAGUUCUCCAUCAGGCUCGUGCCGAACAUGACUCCGGAAGUUGUGAGCGAGCAGGUUACUAGCUACCUGACGAAGAAAUUUGCUGAACUGCACAGCCCCAACAAGUUCAAGGUGUACAUGGGCCACGGUGGGAAACCCUGGGUGUCGGACUUCAAUCACCCUCAUUACAUGGCUGGGAGAAGAGCCCUGAAAACAGUGUUUGGUGUCGAGCCGGACUUGACCAGGGAAGGUGGCAGUAUUCCUGUGACUUUGACCUUUCAGGAAGCCACAGGGAAGAAUGUUAUGCUGCUGCCUGUGGGCUCAGCCGAUGAUGGCGCCCACUCCCAGAACGAGAAACUCAACAGGCUUAACUACAUAGAAGGAACCAAGAUGCUGGCUGCGUACCUGUAUGAGGUGUCUCAGCUGGAGAAGUGAGACGGCCCGUCUUCCCCGGAGCACUGCCGGAGGAGUCCCGCCUUCUGCCCCCGCCCCGUGCUCUCUUCUGAUCGCUCAGGAGAGCAAAGCCCAUCUCUCUCCUUUCCCUCUUGUCAGUAACAGACUGGAUGACAGCUGAGUUCUCAGAGGUGGUCAGCGUGAGGGGCUCUGGAAAAUAGCCAAGAUCUGAAAGCACACGUUCUGCGGGAGGUUCUGGUUGGCAUCCAGUUGGGCUGAACAGAGGUCUGGGUGCUUUCUGUCCCAUCUCUGCUUCCUGACUCAGGCUCGUGCGCACUCAGGAUAUUAAUCGGGGGGCCACCCUUUCCGAUCCCUCGCUGUUGUGCGGUUCUGUCCUUUCUCGAGACCUUAAACCGUGACUAGUGUUUCCUGUCUUCUCUUCAUUAUGAUUCCUCAAAACCUAAGCCUAAGUGGAAUGCUUCGUUGUUCUCAGUAUGUGCUGCUAAAUAAAAAGUAAAAA